AGUGAUCUGGACCAUAGAAAUUUUGCCAACUCAGAUUGCAGAUCCAUAUUCACGCGCACAACUGAAAAUUUUUUGACAGUAUUUAUACCAGUAGACGAUACUAGUACAGUACACAGCAUUUUUUUAUGUGCAGUGUUGGUAAGUGAUCCGUGAUCACCGGUUUUUGAAUAAGAACUUAUUUUAAUCUCAACAACAUGUUACAGCUUCUGUCUCCUGUAACUGUUGUUCUCGGUUUAUUAUUAAUUGUCUUGGCAUGGAUCUUCAGACCGAAAAAGUUGGCUAAGCUUCCGCCCAGUCCACCAUGCACACCAGUAAUCGGCAAUUUAGAUCGCGUCAAGGGCGAAGGGAACGAUAUGCUGGAACAUUUAACUCAGCUGACCGAUAAAUACGGCGACAAUGGCAUGUGCACACUGUAUUUUGGUCCCCGGGCAAAUGUAUUUGUCAGCAACUACGAAAUCAUCAAACAAAUGCUCAACGAUGAUAAAUACGCCGGGCGGCCGGCUGGAUUGUUCGAUACCGUUUUCAAGCGCAAAGGCAUAUUAUUCACGGAUGGCGAAAUAUGGAAAGAACAUCGCCGCUUUGCCUUAUCCACCCUUCGCGAUUUCGGACUGGGGAAGACUUGGUUACAAGACCUGAUCAUUGACGAAGCUCGCGAGUUGGUCGGCGACUUGGAGGGUGUAAACGGGCAGCCGAUCAAUCCCACCGAUUACCUGUCGCCCAGCAUUGCCAAUGUCGUCUGCGCUAUUUCCUAUGGACAGCGGUUUAGCCAUAAAGACACCCGGUUUCGCCGGUUGGCCAAUUUGGUCGCGGAGAAUUUCCGGCUAAUCGCCAAAUUGCGCCUAGUGCAAAUCUUUCCUAUUAUGCGUUUUAUACCCUUUACCAGCUGGAGAAGAAAUUUUCUAGAGCUAACGGCUAAUCAAGCUCAGGAAAUCGCCUUUUUUCGUGAAUUGAUUGAAGACCAUAAGAAACACCUGGACGGUGAACUGCGGGAUUACAUUCAUGCGUUUCUAGUGGAGAAAGACAAGCAGUCAAGCAAUCCACUAAGCACAUAUACAGAAGAACAGUUGGAAGUUGUAAUGCUCAAUUUAUUUGGAGCCGGAACGGAAACCACAUCGACAACGCUAACAUGGGCGAUCAUGUAUCUUUUGGAGAAUCCUAACGUGUACGCUAAGGUUCAAGCGGAAGUCGACGAAUACAUACCGGCUGGACAAUACGCUACCCUGGAUUUACGCGAUAAAUUACCGUAUACGCAAGCGGUAAUCCAUGAGGUACAGAGGAUGGCUAAUCUGGUCCCGUUCGCCAUUCGCUGCCCCACCGAAGAUGUGAAAAUCAACGGCUAUGAAAUUCCUGCCGGAACAAUUAUCACACCCAGCCUUUACGCUUGCCACAUGGAUCCAAAGUAUUUUCCCGAGCCUCACAAAUUCAAUCCCGAACGAUUCUUGGAUGACAACGGACAUCUACGAUCUAAAGUGGAAGGUUUCAUACCCUUCUCAAUUGGUAAGCGCUUUUGUCUGGGAGAGUCCUUAGCCCGGAUGGAAUUGUUCAUUUUCUUUCCCAGUCUCAUCCGACAUUUCACCUUCAAACGUGUAUCCGGAAAACCCUUCGACACUGCAAAAUCGAUUUACGGAAACGUUGUUAAUACCCCGCUUUACUUUGAAAUUAUUUUCGAAAAACGCCAAAAUUAAUUGUUAUCACCGGCAUAAGAUGAUCACAAGGAUGAUUUAGUCGAAGCCUGAAACACAACAUUACGGUAUGAGUAGCCAUUGGUCAUAAUUAACCAUUUUGAAGCCUUGUUUGUAGCUUGGGCCUUGGUGCAAUCCGCACUAACAUUAGUGUUAUAAGUGGCAUUUCGAAUGCACAAACGCCAAAAACAGUACUCGUAUUAGUACUUAAAACAGGCAGGUCCGACAUUUGGUGAGAUCCAGUAAAUUCAUCGUGUAUGUUUUGACAUC